AAGUAAGAUAUAUUUCUUGUAAUAUUCAUUCAAAAUUUUAUUGUUUCUAUUGAUAAUUGAAAUAUUUAUUCAACAAUUGAAAAUUAUCAGAGAUAUAUCAAUAAAAUAAAAAAAAUUAAAGAAAACAUUGCAAAUUAUUGUAAUAUAUAUAUAUUAUAUAUAUGUUAUAUUUCAAUUAUUAUUAUUAUAUUCCAUAUAUUGAUCAAAGAAAAAGUAUAAGCUAUAUAAGCGUGUUUAAAUGAUGGAUAUAUAUUCUCUAUAAUAACAGUUCACAUAAUUCUAUCUCAAUAAAUAUACAUAUAUACAUACAUGCAUAUAUAUUACAAGUAACUCGCCUGAAAACUGGAUGCUUCACUUAAGACUGUUCAUUCAUAUUGAUCGUAUCGAUUUAUACGUUGUAAUUUAUAUUCUUCGAAAUUGAUUGUCUUAAAAAAUUUAAUAAAAAUAGUAAAAACACAUCAUUUAUUUUUCUUGUGUUUCUAGAUAUUUUCAUAGAAUUAUGUCGACAGAUGUACGAGGAAUUAUAUUAUCCGGCACUGAAUUAGCGAAGGAAAUUCGUGAAAACAUAACAAAAGAUGUGAAGGCAUUGAAAGAAAAAAUAUCAAACUUUGUACCUAAUUUAGCGAUCGUUCAAGUAGGCGGUCGAGAAGAUUCAAAUGUUUAUAUAAGAAUGAAAAUAAAAGCAGCAAAUGAUAUUGGAAUUGUUGUAGAUCAUGUGAAAUUACCAAACACUAUCACAGAAAUAGAAUUAAUAAACAAAGUGAAUAAAUUAAAUCAAGAUCCAAAUAUACAUGGUAUUAUUGUACAAAUGCCACUUGAUUCUAUCAAUAAAAUUAAUUCAAAUAUGAUUACUGAUUUAGUAUUACCCGAAAAAGAUGUAGAUGGAUUGAAUACAAUCAAUGAAGGAAGAGUAGCAAUUGGUGAUAUGUCGGGAUUUUUACCAUGCACACCAAAUGGGUGUAUUGAAUUAAUCAAAAAGAGCGGUGUAUCAAUCGCAGGAGCUCAAGCUGUAGUUUUAGGUAGAAGUAAAAUCGUUGGUACACCUAUAUCUGAACUUUUGAAAUGGCAUAACGCAACUGUAACAGUGUGCCAUUCAAAAACAAAAAAUCUUCCACAAAUUGUCUCACAAGCUGAUAUCUUAGUAGUUGGUAUAGGGCAACCUCAGAUGGUUAAAGGAAAUUGGAUUAAACCGGGCGCAGUUGUAAUUGAUUGUGGAAUCAAUUCUAUUCCAGACUCUACAAAGAAUAGUGGACAACGUUUAGUGGGCGAUGUUGAUUACGAAGAAGCUGUGAAAAUAGCUUCAUAUAUUACGCCUGUACCUGGAGGCGUUGGUCCAAUGACUGUAGCUAUGUUGAUGAAAAAUACAGUAAUAUCUGCACAAAGAGCAGCUGAAAAAAUAUUAAAUAAAAAAUGGAAACUGAGAAUUUUAAAAAUCAAUCCUCAAAACCCGGUACCUAAUGACAUAAUAAUUUCAAGAAAUCAAGAACCUAAACCAAUCACGACUUUAGCUGAAGAAAUUGGUUUGCUCCCUAAUGAAAUCAGUCCUUAUGGAAGUAAAAAAGCAAAGAUUAGCUUGAAUGUUUUAAAACGAUUAAAACAUCAACCAAAUGGAAAACUCGUAGUGGUUGCUGGUAUCACACCAACACCUUUCGGUGAAGGUAAAAGUACGACAUCAGUAGGUUUAGUGCAAGCAUUAACUGCACAUAGAGAUAAAAAUUCAUUUGUAACUUUACGGCAACCUAGUCAAGGACCUACGUUUGGAGUGAAAGGUGGAGCUGCAGGUGGAGGAUACUCACAGGUCAUUCCUAUGGAAGAAUUUAAUUUACAUUUAACUGGUGAUAUUCAUGCUGUAACUGCAGCCAAUAAUUUAUUAGCAGCACAAAUCGAUGCUCGAUAUUUUCACGAAUGUACUCAAACUGAUGAAGCUCUUUAUAAUCGUCUUGUACCAACAAUUAAAAAUGAAAGAAAAUUUUCAAAAAUACAAUUGAAACGUUUAAAAAAACUAGGUAUUGCAAAAACUGAUCCAAAUAGUUUAACUGAAGAAGAAAAAAGAAAAUUUGCAAGAUUAGAUAUCGAUCCAGAAAAUAUCACUUGGACUCGAGUGGUUGAUAUAAAUGAUCGAUUUUUACGCAAAAUUACAAUUGGUGAAAAUCCAACUGAGAAAGGUAAAACACGACAAACAUCAUUUUGCAUUUCUGUUGGUUCAGAAAUAAUGGCAAUACUUGCAUUAUCAACUAGUGUCGAUGACAUGAAACAGAGACUUGGUAAUAUAGUAGUUGCUUUCAACAAAAAUGGAGAACCUUUAACCGCCGAAGAUUUUGGUAUGACUGGAGCAAUGGCAAUUCUAUUAAAAGAUGCCAUUGAACCGACACUUAUGCAAACUUUAGAAGGAACACCAGUAAUGGUUCAUACUGGGCCAUUUGCAAAUAUCGCACACGGUUGUAGUUCUAUCAUUGCGGAUGCUAUUGCAUUAAAAUUAGUUGGUCCCGAAGGUAUCGUAGUAACCGAAGCUGGAUUCGGUUCUGAUAUUGGAAUGGAAAAAUUUUUUAAUAUUAAAUGUCGGACAUCUAGACAUAUACCAAAUGCUAUUGUGCUCGUUGCAACUGUUAGAGCAUUAAAAAUGCAUGGUGGUGGACCUCCCGUAACAACUGGUGCUCCAUUAAAAAAAGAAUAUCUCGAAGAAAAUCUUGAUUUAAUUAGAAAAGGUCUUCCAAAUCUUCAGAAGCAUAUUAGUAAUGGAAUUAAAUUUGGCAUUCCAGUAAUUGUUGCCAUUAACGUUCAUACUACUGAUACCCAAUCUGAAUUAGAAUUAAUAAAAAAAGCUGCAAUGGAAAGUGGUGCAAUUGAUGCAAUUGUAUGUGAUCACUGGACAAAAGGUGGUGCAGGUGCUACGGCACUUGCAGAUGCAGUUAUAGCUGCCACAAAUAAGCAUUAUAAUUUUAAAGUAUUAUAUGAUCUUAAUAUUAAUAUUGAAGAAAAAAUAAAUAUCAUUGCUAAAGAAAUAUAUGGAGCUGGACAAGUUAUUCUUGCAGACAAAGUUCAGAAAAAAAUUGAAAAAUAUAAUAAAUUAGGUUAUGAUACAUUACCUCUUUGCAUGGCAAAAACAUCAAACUCUUUAACUGGUGAUCCAUCCAUUAAAGGUGCACCUAUUGGUUUCACACUUAAUAUUACUGAUAUAUUUGUAUCUGUAGGAGCAGGUUUUAUAGUACCUAUGGUAGGAGAGAUAAUGAUGAUGCCAGGUUUAUCUACAAGACCAAGCAUUUAUGACAUGGAUUGGAAUAAUGAAACAAAUGAAAUAGAAGGCUUAUUUUGAAUAUAUUAAACAUCAAAUGUUAUAAAUAUUUAUAAUACUAUGUUAUCUACAUUUAAA